CAAGCACGCUUGAAAGGUCCACACACUGAUCUCCGCUAUUAUCAACGAUUUCUCGCUUUUUCGGCAGCUGCGACAUUCUCCAGAGGAAAAUCUCAAUCAUAGUUAAAUCGGUAAAAAUUAUCCACGAUGGCCCUAACUCGGAAGCUCACAGCCUUAACAUUUCUGGGUAGGAAUGUACGCGAUCAAAAAUGUCGAUUCUUCUCCGUAAGCUGCUUUCGAUGCGGAACCGUCGUCCCCUUCAAACUAUCGGAUAUCGGAGAAGGAAUUCGAGACGUCACGAUAAAAGAAUGGUACGUGAAACAAGGCGACCGGGUGUCUCAAUUCGAUAACAUUUGUGAGGUUCAAAGCGACAAAGCAUCUGUGACGAUUACCAGCCGUUACGACGGAUUAAUUAAAGCCUUACACUACAAGGUGGACGACGUAGCUCUGAUAGGGGAUUCAUUACUGGACAUCGAACUAGAUGACGAUAAUAGGAACACGCAUAUUAAGCAGUCGACUCUUGACAAUCAACAACAGCAACAACAAUUGGCAAAGAUUGAAAGUAAACACAGUGUCGAAAGCAAAGGGAAGAAACAAGUAACACGGUAUGGGUCAGAAAAAGCAUUAGCCACCCCUGCGGUCAGAAGGAUAGCUAUGGAAAACGAUAUUAACCUAAAAGAUGUCAUUUCUACGGGCAAAGGUGGCCGGGUACUUAAAGAAGAUAUAUUGUCUCAUUUGGAAAAAAUUUCUGCUAGCCCCGUAAGAAAUAUGGUCGAAGAAAAACCAGCGGAGAAGGUGGUACCGAUAAAAGGCUAUGCCAAGCAUAUGUGGAAAACGAUGACGCAGUCUCUGAGCAUACCACACUUCGUGUACAGCGAUGAGUGUAACGUUAACAAAUUAACGGUCUACCGAAACGAAGUGAAGGAUUCACUGAAAGAGCAAGGCAUCUCUUUAAGUUUGAUGCCGUUCUUUAUAAAGGCGGCAUCUAGAGCGUUAGAAAAAGUACCACAACUAAAUGCCUGGCUGGACGAGGAAAAUCAAGCAUUACGUGUACACAAGAAUCAUAACAUCGGCAUUGCUAUGGAUACACCCGAGGGUUUAAUCGUACCGAACAUUAAAUGUGUCCAGAAUUUGAACAUCGUGGAAAUAACAAAGGAAUUGAACAGGCUUCAAGAACUAGGACGAAAAGCUUCGAUUUCGUCGAAUGAUUUGUUGAACACAACAUUCUCGUUAUCGAACAUCGGCACUGUUGGUGGUACAUACACAAAACCGGUAAUUGUUCCUCCGCAAAUUGUGAUCGGCGCAUUUGGAAAAGUACAAAAAUUACCACGAUUUGAUGAUGAAGGAAAUGUGAUAGCUGCAAAUAUAAUGUCUAUUAGCUGGGCCGCCGAUCAUCGAGUAAUAGAUGGUGUUACGAUGGCGAAAUAUUCGAAUCUCUGGAAGUACUACAUUGAAAAUCCUAUAUUUUUACUAAUAGGAACGUGAAAAUGAUUUAUUUCGAAAAUCUCUUGAUUUUUGUAAGGUUUGAUACAUAAAACGCAAUAAAAA